AUGGACUCGGACGCCAGUCUGGUGUCUAGCCGGCCGUCGUCGCCGGAGCCCGAUGACCUUUUCCUGCCGGCCCGAAGCAAGGGCAGCGGGGGCGGCGCCUUCACGGGGGGCACCGUGUCGUCGUCCACGCCGAGCGACUGCCCGCCGGAUCUGAGCGCCGAGCUGCGGGGCGCCAUGGGCGCGGCGGGCGCGCACCCGGGGGACAAGCUGGGCGGCGGCGGCGGCGGCGGCUUCAAGUCCUCCUCGUCCAGCACCUCUUCGUCCACGUCGUCGGCGGCCGCGUCGUCCACCAAGAAGGACAAGAAACAGAUGACGGAGCCCGAGCUGCAGCAGCUGCGCCUCAAGAUCAACAGUCGCGAACGCAAGCGGAUGCACGACCUCAACAUCGCCAUGGACGGGCUGCGCGAGGUCAUGCCUUACGCGCACGGCCCGUCGGUGCGCAAGCUCUCCAAGAUCGCCACGCUGCUGCUGGCGCGCAACUACAUCCUCAUGCUCACCAACUCGCUGGAGGAGAUGAAGCGACUGGUGAGCGAGAUCUACGGAGGCCACCACGCCGGCUUCCACCCGUCGGCCUGCGGCGGCCUGGCGCACUCGGCGCCCCUGCCCGCAGCCUCGGCUCAUCCGGCGGCCGCGGCGCACGCGGCGCACCACCCUGCCGUGCAUCAUCCCAUUCUGCCUCCGGCCGCCGCCGCCGCCGCCGCCGCUGCGGCCGCCGCCGCGGUGUCCAGCGCCUCCCUGCCCGGCUCUGGGCUGUCGUCGGUCGGCUCCAUCCGGCCCCCUCACGGCCUGCUCAAGUCUCCGGCGGCGGCGGCGGCGGCGGCGGCAGCGGCCCCGCUUGGGGGCGGCGGCGGCGGCGGCGGGGGCACUGGCGGCUUCCAGCACUGGGGCGGCAUGCCUUGCCCCUGCAGCAUGUGCCAGGUGCCCCCGCCGCACCACCACGUGUCGGCCAUGGGCGCCGGCAGCCUGCCACGCCUCACCUCCGACGCCAAGUGA